UCGGCGAGGUGGCGUUGUCGCCAGCGCGGGGAUGGGGACAGGAAAGAGGAGCGGCGGCGCUUCCUGGUGGCUUUGUCAUGUGACGGCGCCGGAGCGGAUCCCAUCCCGAAUCCCGGCCCGAUGGAGACGCAACCGGAGCCAGAACCGGAACCGGAGCUUCCCCCAGAGCCGGGCCCCGCCGCUCCCGCCUCCCCUCCGUCCCAUCCCGCGGAGGGCGAGGAUGAGGCUGAAGAGGAAGACGAAGAUUUCCAGUUCCUGCGGUGCGAUGGCUGCGGGCAGGACUCGGCGCAGCCGCGGCUGCUGCGCUGCCUGCACACGCUGUGCCCGGCCUGCCUGAGCGACACCAAGCAGUGCCCGCGCUGCCAGGCGGCCACGGGCGCGCCCGCCGUGGACAACCUGCUCUUCUGCAACCUGCGGAGCCGCCUGCAGCUCUGGCGGCAGAUCCGCAGCUCGGGCGGGCCCGGCUGCAGCCGCUGCCGCGCCGAGGCGGCGCUGGUGUGGUGCUCGGACUGCGAGGAGUUCUUCUGCGGGCGCUGCCUGGAGGAGCACCAGUGGUGGCACAAGAAGAAGGCGCACCGGGUGUGCAGGGUGGAGGAGCUGCGGGCGGGCUCGGCGCGGCAGUUCCUGGAGGACACGCGCGGCUCCUGCAGCCUCUUCUGCUCCAGCGCCAGCCACCCCGAGGAGAGCCGCGUGUGCAGCAUCUACUGCCCUCGCUGCGAGCGGGCUCUGUGCUGUCCCUGCGCGCUGCUGGACACUCGCCACGCUCCGUUCCGGGACCUCCGCGCCGAGAGCCGCCGGCGCCAGGACGAGCUGCGCUCUCUGCGCCGGGACCUGCAGCGGCUCCGCCGCUCCUUCGAGGCGGCGCUGGCGCGGCUGCGGGGCGAGGCGGCGCGGUGGGAGGAGCAGCGGGAGCGGCUGCGGGAGCGCGUCCGCGCCAGCGCCGAGCGGCUGCAGGAGCUGGUGCGCAGCGAGGCGGAGGAGCUGCAGGCGCUGCUGGAGGCGCGGCCCGAGCGCGGCCGGAGCGCGCUGGCGGAGGAGCUGCGCGGAGCCGAGGGCACGCUGCUGCGGCUGGAGGCGGCCGAGAGGCUGGUGGAGAGGCUGGGGCGCUACGGCGGCGAGCAGGAGCUGAUGGACAUGCAGCCCUUCGUCAAGGGAGCGCUGAUGGAGCUGCGGCGGCUGCGGCCGCCCGAGCCCCCCAAGCUCCGCGAGCCCCCCGACUUCGCCGAGUGCCGGGCGCGGCUGCGGGCGCUGGUGGAGCGAGUCACGGGGCGGCCAGAUGUCUCCGAGGUCGAGGUGGCCCUGGAGAACAACCUGGAAGAGGAUCCAAUCCAUCCCAAACCCCACAGCAUCUCCCCCAGCGUCGAGGAGAUCCACGUGGAGCAGAAGAAGCGGCCGCUGCCCAGCGUGGAGAGGGGCAGCCAGAUGUCUCCCAAAAUCCUGAAGCUGGAAUGUGACCACAAGCCGGGUCCCAGCCAUCCCAAAUUCCAGUGGGAAUUCCGGACGGAGCCCGGCCCCUCCACGUCACAGCACAACUGCGUCCGUGUCGGUGACACAGAGGGCAGCAGCAUCAUCAUCUGCAGCUCGGACGACAGCGACGAGGACACCGUGCUGGUGACGGUGACACCGGAGCCGCCUCCCUGCUGACGUCCCAUGGGAUCCUCUGGCCUCAUCCCGCAAUUCCCAGCCUCCCAUUCCAAGAUUUCCUCUGGGCUUUCCUCUUCUUGGACAAUCCCAGAUUUAUUCCUGGACUGAGCUCUGGUGUUCCUGAGUGGCCCCAAAUCCCACCUGGAUCUGCUGCAUCUCCGCUUCGAGGCUUUGAGAUUUCCUGGGAAUGUUCUUCUCCUCUUCAAUCCCAUCUGGGUCGAUCCCAAAAUAAAAUUUGGGAUGGGAGUUGGGAUCCCUGACAGCAGAUCCCCUUCCCGAGCCCCCCAAAGGUGGGGAGAUGAUCCCAAGGGUGGGAUCCCCUCUG